AUGGUCCGUCUGAAACAUCGGUAUCUGCUGCUCAAUAUCCUCUACCCGCCGCACACGGACGCGCAAAAGACCCAGUUGGACGAAAAGGCCUUCCACCUCCAGCUUCACCGGCCAACGCCAGACGCCCUUACGCCCCAGGCCCUCGCCAGGAUGGUCAGGGAGGCCGUCGCAGAGAUGUUCGGCGACUGGGGGAUGGGCAGGCUGGGAGGUGCUGGCGCCGGUGCCGUCAGCGUGAAAUAUCUCUCGCCCGCUACGUCGACGGCCAUCAUACGCUGUCCUCGAGCAAGUUAUCGUCUGGUCUGGUCGGCCUUGACAUACACGUCAAGUCUCCCUGCUGGCCGACAGAGUGCGGGUGCCAACGACCUCGACCAGCAGCAACGCUGUGUCUUUCGCGUCGUGCGCGUCUCGGGCACGAUGAAAAAGGCUGAGCUCGAGGCUAUCCGCCGGGCUCGUAUGGAGGUCGUCAAGUUGACUCGGGAGUGGGAGAAUGGGGGCAAGGCUGCGCUCGAAGACAUGUUUGCUGCCGACGGGCCUGCGGUGCCGCCGGAGCACGGGAUUGAGAGUGCAAGUGAAGAGGACGGCGACGACGAUAGUGAAUGA